GGGGUGCGGGGCGGGGACGGCCCAGGUGAGCCCCAGCUGCGCAGGGAGGGACCGCGCGGGGCUCCCGAGUAGCAGCCGGCCUCGCACCUGCCCCCUGCGGCCGCGCACCGGACUGCGGCGCCGACCCGCACCCUGGGCCCGAGGGCUGCAGGGCUCGCCCGCCCUCUCGGAGCCGCAGCCUCUCCCGGUCCAGGCGGCCUCUGCCCUGGCCUGCCCGGGUGCCGAGUCUCUGCUGAAGUUAGAACCGAGACCCCCGCUUGCCGGUGACCCCGAGUUUGGAUCUUUGCUCCUGCGCCGCGUUCUAGAGCAAGCGUUUGCCUCAGCAUGGAGGGCGGGGCCGCGGCAUCCACCCCCGCAGCGCUGCCUUACUUCGUGGCCUUCUCCCAGUUGCUGGGCCUGACCUUGGUGGCCAUGACCGGCGCUUGGCUCGGGCUGUACCGAGGCGGCAUUGCCUGGGAGAGCGACCUGCAGUUCAACGCGCACCCCCUCUGCAUGGUCAUAGGCCUGAUCUUCCUGCAGGGAGAUGCCCUGCUGGUUUACCGUGUCUUCAGGAACGAAACCAAACGCACCACCAAGGUCCUGCACGGGCUGCUGCACGUCUUUGCGCUCGUCAUCGCCCUGGUUGGCUUGGUGGCAGUGUUCGACUACCACAGGAAGAAGGGCUACGCUGACCUGUACAGCCUACACAGCUGGUGUGGGAUCCUUGUCUUUGUCCUGUACUUCGUGCAGUGGCUGGUGGGCUUCAGCUUCUUCCUGUUCCCCGGAGCUUCGUUCUCCCUGCGGAGCCGCUACCGCCCACAGCACAUCUUCUUUGGUGCUAGCAUCUUCCUCCUUUCCGUGGGCACCGCCCUGCUGGGCCUGAAGGAGGCACUGCUGUUCAACCUCGGGGGCAAGUAUAGCGCGUUUGAGCCCGAGGGUGUCCUGGCCAAUGUGCUGGGCCUGCUGCUGGCCUGCUUCGGUGGGGCGGUGCUCUACAUCUUGACCCCGGCUGACUGGAAGCGGCCUUCCCAGGCGGAAGAGCAGGCCCUCUCCAUGGACUUCAAGACGCUGACGGAGGGAGACAGCCCCGGCUCCCAGUGAUGCGCCCGGCCGGCCCUGGGGGUUCGCGGGGUGUCUUCUUGUCUGUCCCUGCUGAGGCGUCUUUAGGACUGCAGGCUCCAGAGAGUGGCUCUGGCAGCAGGCGGGCACAUGGGUGCAGCUGCAUCUAUUUGAGUGCUGCUUUCUGGGGUCAGGUCUCCGCCUCCUCUGCUUCUCCUUUCUCUGCUGCUAUAGACCAGUUCAUUGUGUGUAGCUCCCCUGUCUCUGUUGCCCCCUUCAGUGCAGAAGGCUUUGGGUAGGACUUUGGGUGGUCAGUCCUGGUCGCAGAGCACAGAUCUUUAAAGAAGCGAGAGAGGAGGCCCCACCCUCCCGGCAGCAGAUGCCUGGGGCAAGGCCAGGGGAAACUGGGGGGGCCUCAGGGACAGGCCUGGAAAGGCCACGAUAGCUGCUGAAUUCAAACAAGGAGUCCCUCCAGCCCGAAUAACACGUGGCACAAGUGGGCCCGGCCUUUGGCAGAGGAGCAAGUGAUACGAUGUGUAAAGUAUGUUGGUAGUGAGAGCAAGGUUCCCCAGGAGAGGGGAGGGACUGGCCCCUGGGAAGCUCUGAGAUGAGGCUGUGGCCCAGCUGUAGUCCUGAACUUCCUCUUCUUUAACCCUUUAGCCCUAGGACGGCUGUGGUGGGAGAGGGGAUAGAAGCCCAUGACUUCAGACAGACUUUCUCUUGGCAGAUGCAGGCGGGCCUCCUCCCAGGCUGCUCCAGACAUGGGGGUUGGAGAUGGGGGGCACCUUGCAGCCCCUUCCUGCUGGGGCUCCCUCCUUGUAGCACCCCCCCUUGCGGCUCAGCUCUGGUUUCCUCUCCCAGGCUCACCCAGGCUCUGCUCAGGCUGGGAGGCAGAGGCCACAAACCUUAGAAUUUUUUAAAUGAAAAACCGCUGCUGCUGGCUGUGGCUGGAGCCCCCCGGGGCUGCUGGAGCUGCUGCCUCUGUUCUGGAGGAUGAGCCUUCUCCUUAUCUGGUGCCCAUCUUUCCAGGAAGUCAGGACAGAUCAGAACUAGAGUCAUCCCCCGUGGUGUCUGCACAUCACUCCAGCCCCAUAAAGAGUGUCAUGUUAGCUGAGUCACCAUUUGGCUUUGGCCUGGAAAUAGUGUGAUUAGAACACUGACUGUGUGCGAGGCCAGGAGAUCGAGACCAUCCUGACUAACCAGUGAAACCCUGUCUCUACUAAAAAUACAAAAAAGUUAGCCAGCUGUGGUGGUGGGUGCCUGUAGUCCCAGCUACUUGGGAGGCUGAGGCAGGAGAAUGGUGUGAACCUGGGAGACGGCGCUUGCAGUGAGCUGAGAUCGCGCUACUGCACUCCAGCCUGGGUGACAGGCUCAAAAAAGAAAAAAAAAAAAUGAACAUUGAUCAUGUGCUUCUUGGAUCUGGUGACUGUUCUCUCCGUUUUCCUUGUUUUGGGGGGUUUGAGGAGCAUGGCUUAGCUUGAGACAGACACAGACACAGUGUACUUCAGUGAAGAGCUUAAUAUACAAUUUCCAAACCUGACGAUGACUCUUAUAAUGGCUGCCCUUUUCCUACCUGAGGCCGCCUUAGAGAAAGGGCCAGUCUCCUCUAAUGCUCAGAUUUCCUGUAAUUGGCUUUUGCUGUGGCUCCUGCCUCAGGCAGUGUCAUUUCUGGGAGCAGGUGGUUGUAGUCCAGGCCGCUCCCCAGCAGGGGCUGCUCAGGCUCCUUCGAGCCCCUUUCCCCGCCUCCUCUCAGCUUGUCCGGAUGACAGUGUUCGCCUCCUGUUUAGACUGUACACUCUUCAGGGGUAGGGGUGCCGUCAGUUCUUUAAUCAGCUGGCACACACUUGUGUAGUGAAAUGUUUACAUGUGGGAAAACUCCACCUUAGACAAACUACCAAAGUACAAUCGUGUCUCUCCCUAGCCAGAAUGCUACAGAGAGAAAUGGAACCUUAGAUUUGCAACGAAAGUCUGUAAACUGGUCUGUUUGCCAAAGUGAACAGUGGAUGACUAAGGAGCUGAAGAAGGCGCCCAGAAGCAGAUUUGUGGUGGGUUAUUUUAUUUUGCCUGUGGCCAAUCUUCUGUGAAAUACAAUGUGCUGUUGGUGCAACAGAUGAUUCAAUAAAUGUCUACAGCAGA